AUGGUAGGCUUGUAGUAAAAAUAUCCAAACCGGAAUUCAAAACCUUGAUUGGAAUAGAACUUUACAAAAUACAUAAUACAGAGAGAGAGAUGGUGGAGGCGAGAAGUUUGAGGAAGGCGGUGGUGCCGUCCACACUCAUUCAGAAUCCAUCUCCCGGAAACAUACAGCCCACUCGUCUCGCCCUACAUGUUAGCAAGGACGGUUCUUCUUGUUGGGCUUACAUCGCCUCCGGUUCCCACAUUUACAAACUCCAGAUAUCUCUGGAAGAUUCUUUGGUAAACAAAGGGAAAGAAAGCCUCCUGAUCCCUGGACAGGCACAGGUUAUGGACUCUUUCUUAGUCAACCGCUGUCCUCAUCGUUCAGAAAUCCAGAGUAUAGUGCUUACAGAAACUGAGAGUCACCUGGAACAUUGGUGGGUCCAUACCUCUAAUUGGAUCCUGAAUGAACAUUUUGAAGUUAUAAUCAAGUCUGAAUAAGGCACUGACUACUUGAUGUUGGGAAGUGUAGAUUCCUAUGGUCACCUCAUUGUAUCUAAACUAGAUACUACUGGUAAAGGUAGAUUUUUCUUUAUAUUAAUUAUCAUGAUGUUGUUAUUUCUUUUAAUAAGCUUUGAUUGUAAACUUUGCAGCAUUGUAUCAUUUUAAUUGAAAGUUUAAGAAUUGUGGCAGUGGUUUUCCUUGAAAUUUACCAGUGGGAUGAUUCUCUCUCUCUUUGAUAAAUUGGUGUGCCUGCAUUGCCUAACCCAGAAGUAAGUUGAAAUAUCUAGCUUCUUGGAAGGUAGGUAAACUUGAUUGAUCACUGAUGGCAACCUAGCAGUGGUGGUGAAUACAGGCCGUUUGAGACCUUCCUCAAGUAGUUUCCACCUCUUCCAAUGAGCUAACUAAAGAGCUCCCCCCCCCCUUCUCACUUUUCAUUCAAUCAUUCUUUCUUUGUGUCUGUAUUUUGUAAGUGAUUUGGGCCUAAUAUACCAUUUAUGUGCCUCGGGUUUCUUCAAAUCUUGCUAGUUUAUGUUCAAUUAAUAUGAUGCUAGAAGUUCGGGCCAUAACAGGGGUGGGGAGCUUCACAAAGAAGGGGUUUUAACACUUCAUCUGUGAUGCUGUGGUUGUUGUCCUAGAAUUUGAGGGGUUUAAACAGUCCAGUAAAUGUAUGGUGGUGAAAUAAUGGUGAAAGAAAUGCAUUAUAGUGUGCUUGCAAGAAACUAAAAUUGAUGACAUGACAUAGGAAAAAUUGGGUAAAUUGUCUAUGUGUGGUUUUGGUGGGUUUAGGAUUAGGAGAAUAUGUUAAUUUAGAGUUUAGAAUUGUUGAAUAAAUGGUUUUAGGGUUGUGGUAGGAAUUAAAAGAAGGUUCGAUGAGUUAAUUGAUGGCUAUUUGUUAGAAGACUUGGGAUUUUGAUACUAUGUGAGUGGUUUGCAGUCUGAAUGAUGACUGACUUGGAAGAACCCUACGUGAGGAGUUUGGGGGCAUAUCAUGAAAGUGUCUUGGCUUGUGUACUUUAAUGCUAUAAGAUUCCCAAGUGAAAGGGUUGGAUGUGUUAGAUACAGUCCAAUAUGACAGAAUUUAGUGAUUUUAUUUCAAAUUAGAACUUAAUUGAUCUACCCUUAGAGGAAGGGAUGUACAUUUGGUUGAUCAAGUCUUAGUGUCAUUGGAGCAUUAUCCCAAUGUGAUUUGGUGACUUUUUCCAAGGCCUGUGUCUAAUCAUAGCUCAAUCUUAUUAUUUUAUUAGGGUCAUAGCUUGAUCUUAUUGGAAAUUAUUGGACUGCUGAGAGCUGGGAAGCACGGACAUGGCAAAUUGUCUGCUGUGUCCGUGUCAUACGCGUACACGACACGGGAUAUUCUUGGGACAUGGCUACACGCGUGUCCCAGCUGUAUUUUAUUUUAUGUAUUUUUUAAAUAAUCGGAUAUGGCCCAGAUACUUCCAGGACACGACCGAGAUACUGCCGGGACAUGCCUUCAAAAAAAAAAAAAAAAAAAAAAAAAAAAAAAGACUAACUAACCCAGCCCGUCACAAAUCUUCUUCCUCUUCUUCUUCGUCUUCUUCUUCUCGCUCAGGAAGGACUGAAUGCCAACAGCCAGAUCUAAAUUCAUAUUUCCCCCUUUUGCCCUUUUGUUUUGUGACUUUUGUCUGUGUGUGCUUAGGUUAGUUCAACUUCUUUUUAAAAUUUUCUUUUAUAAAUUAACUUUUUAUUAUUCUUUUUUCAUUAUUUAGGUAGACAAUUUUUUUUUUUUUUUUUGAUAAGUAGUAUUUAGGUAGACAAUAGAUACAUGCAUAUGUAUAUUCGCUGGACUUUAAUAUACUUACAAAAAGAAUUUUUAACAAUUAUUUAAAAGCAAAUAAUAUUUUUGUUAUAAAUUUUUUUUUGUAAGCUU